AUGGCUUCUACCAGUGGUAUGGAUAAUGUGAAGGCUAUUCAUGAUAGUUUUUGGGCUUUGGCUGAUUUUAACAUUCAGAACAAUUUUAUUCAAAAGUAUUGUGUGAAGGGAGAGGUGAAGCGGAGGCGAGUGCAGCAGCGUGGUGAUGGUGGUGACGCUUAUAAGCGGAAGUGUACACGUGCCUACUCGCUCUCGUGUGGUGGUACCAAUAUCAGUGUGUGUGCUACAGCCUUCCGUAAUGUGUUAGGUGUAACAUCUAGGCGUGUGUACAAUGCUGUGGACCGUGUGAACCCCACAGGCACGCCACGUGCUGACCGUAGAGGUAAGCAUGUGCCCAAGCAUGCCAUGCCUCUGUCACGCAAGAACCUUGUUGAGUGCCAUAUCAAGAGUUUCCCCACAGUGUCUAGCCAUUAUACCCGUGCUAAAUCACCUUUAAUGCGGUAUCUUGACACUGAAAUGACCAUGAAGAAGAUGUAUUUUUUGUAUAAGGAGUGGUUGUUUGACAAUCACGAGGACGAGGAACCUGUAACUUUUUCAUACUACAAGAAAGUUGUGCAGGGUUUUCGUCUAGGAUUUAAACCCCCCAGUACGGAUACCUGUUCGAAAUGUGACCGGUACGAGGUGAGCAAGAAGGAUGCCAACACUGAAGAGGAGGCCCAAGGUAUCCAGGCACAGUGGGAUGAACACCUGAGCUUUGCCAAGGAGGGGAUGAAGGCCAUGGCUGACAUGCAGAAGGACAACGACCCCGACACGAGGUGUAUCUGCCUUGAUCUCCAGCAGACACUUCCAGUUCCUCGUUUGUGUACUAACAUCGCGUACUACAAGCGAAAGUUGUGGGUCUAUAACCUGUGCAUACACAACCUGAAGACAAAGAAGAACACUUUUUACGUGUGGGAUGAAAUGAACGCAGAUCGUGGCAGUGUUGAGGUAGCCACAUGUAUAGCCAGGUGGAUUGAAGAUGAACAGAAGGAGGGUAGUUUCACCACUUUAAAGAUUGUGUCUGAUAAUUGUGGCGGCCAAAACAAAAACAUUAACAUUAUCUUGUUUUAUCUUCGUCUGAUCCACUCAACCACACUCCAGAACAUCACCCAUACGUACCUGAUACCUGGGCACAGCUACAUGGCUUGCGACCAUGCCUUUGGUCACAUUGAAAAAUACAUCCGCAGGGUAGUCAACAUCUACGACUUGAAGGGGUAUGUAAGGGCCAUCAAACUCUGCACGACAUCAAGGUACCACGUCAUCGUACUGAGGAACACCGACUUCUUGGAUUUUGAGGUGUUGCAGAAGUCUAUUACGCACCGGAAGCCCAAGCCGCCCUACAGUUUCCAGGAUACCCGGUCCUUUCAGCUACUGUCAACAUUCUGUGAGGGCUACUUCAUCUGCCGGGACUACAGUGGUCAAGCAAUGGGAUCAGUGCGUCUCAUGAAGGGCCAGGCAAGGUAUACUCGGCGUAUGUUUGACCUGUCUGCAGUACAACUACCCCAGAAGUACCCCACAAUACGUCGACUUCAGCCUGGCAAACUGCAACACCUGCAACAGCUGCUUGAGUUCAUCCCAAAUGUCAACCAGCCAUACCUUCAGUUCAUCAUCAGGAAGCAGCAGGAACUGGAUAAUACUGAAGAAGAUGACAGCACUGAGGACGAGGAUGAGGACCACCUAGAGUACGACAGUGACAGUGAGGACAUUGUAGAUGACCCCCAGCCGCUACAGGACGAGGACAACACUGUGCCCCCAAGACAAAGGAAAUUCAAGAAAGGAGCAGUGCCUACUCCUGGACUUCCUAGUUUAACAAGUGAGGACCAUCAGGGAAGAAAGAAGCACACGUCCAAGGAAGUGCAGCUGCUGCUCCUGCUGGAUACAUGAUCAUGGUCCUCAUCGCUGUGCUGCAUGCAGUUCGUACAUUCAAAACAUUCUGAAAAAAAAAAGCAGGGUUUGUAAAGAAGGGUUUGUGGAGUAAUUUGUUCUUUGACAUUUGUUUGACCUCAACUGUAAUUAAUUUGCUACUUUGAUGCAUCAUUAUCUACCAU